CGAUUAUCCGAGCGAACAAAAACCGUACUACUUUCAACUCUGACGAAUUUAUAUUACAUCGGGUGUUUAGUCGAAUUAAUGUCGUAUUUUACAUUUUUCUAUUGUGUAAAAUAAAUCAUUGAGCGCGUAGUUUUUAUAGUGUGUAAGGAAUAAGUUAGCCGCUUAAAUGCCUUGAUAAAACGGUAUUUAAAAAUGAACAAAAUGUCGAAGAAUAAAUUAAAUCUGACCCUCCCACCGGGGUCUAUAGACACAGCUCCUGCUAUAACACCAUCUAAUAUGACUCCUCAACUUAAAUCCGCAACAGCAUCAUCAGAGCGGCAGGGAUUAGCAGGCAAGUCGAAAACAAGCAUUGAAGCUCUAACUGAGAGGUUAGAGCAAAUUGAAAUGGAUGACACACAACGACGCAGGAUAGAGGUCUUCCUCUGUCAGAAAGAGAAGAUUGGAGAACUGAGUGACGAUGACUUUGAAAAGUUAGGAGAAUUAGGUCAAGGAAAUGGUGGGGUUGUUAUGAAAGUUCGUCACAAGUCCACUGGUCUCAUAAUGGCGAGGAAACUAAUACAUUUGGAAGUAAAGCCAGCAAUAAAGAAACAGAUAAUUAGAGAGCUAAAGGUGCUUCACGAGUGUAAUUUUGCUCAUAUAGUGGGAUUUUAUGGGGCUUUUUACAGUGACGGCGAAAUAUCAAUCUGUAUGGAGUACAUGGACGGAGGAUCAUUGGAUUUGAUAUUGAAAAAGGCUGGAAGAAUUCCUGAGUCAAUUUUAGGAACAAUAACGUCUGCAGUCCUUAAAGGGUUAAGCUAUUUGCGCGAUAAGCACGCCAUCAUGCAUCGUGAUGUGAAACCGUCCAACAUACUCGUGAAUAGUAAUGGAGAAAUAAAGAUUUGUGACUUUGGUGUCUCCGGACAGCUAAUCGACUCCAUGGCUAAUUCGUUUGUUGGUACUAGGAGUUAUAUGUCGCCCGAACGUCUCCAAGGCACACACUACUCGGUUCAGUCAGACAUCUGGUCGCUCGGACUGUCUUUGGUGGAGAUGGCGAUUGGAAUGUAUCCUAUACCACCUCCCGACUCUAAGACCCUGGCUGCCAUGUUUGGUGGACAGAAUGAGGAUCAUUCGCCUGGUCAAGCUCCGAAUUCACCACGCCCGAUGGCAAUAUUCGAACUACUCGACUAUAUAGUUAACGAACCGCCACCCGAAUUGCCUCCGGGACUCUUCUCGGACGUGUUUAAGGACUUCGUGGAUCGCUGCCUUAAGAAGAACCCGGAUGAAAGAGCCGAUCUUAAGACGCUUAUGAACCACGAGUGGAUCCGUCAGGCAGACGCGGAGAAGGCUGACAUAGCAGGCUGGGUGUGCAAGACCAUGGACCUCAUGCCCUCAACGCCCAACUCCAAUGUGUCUCCUUUUUCUUCAUAAGCUGCAAGAAGUGCAUACUUUCAUCAGCGAAAAAGGGUCAAAACAUUUCCCAAGACAGAGCAGGCGAGACAAUCAGUGAGGACGCUGGCGCAGAGGAAUAGCGCGAGACCACGUGACCGGAACAGUAUGUCAACUCUAGCCAUUACCCACCUUACCCGACACCGUAGAGACGUGACUUCACCGAAUCGAGAUGAUGAUUUCUUAUAUGUGUUAUUCCUUCAAUUCGUACAACUUCGACUUUGGUAGGGUUAUCUUGAAGAUGUCAAGGCAACUCCGUCAAAGAUCGACAUUGUAUUAUGUAUUUGUAUGAUGAAAAUUUUGUGUGAAAAGUUGAAUAUGUGUUUUUAAAUCGUGUUAUUGUAUUUCAAAGUACAGUUGUAUGUAAUAUGACGAAAUAAUUUAUGUAUAGUUUUGAUAAAGUAUUCGUAUAUAUAUUUGUUCACGUCUCUAUUAUCGUAAUUCCUAUAGAAAAUCAAUAAUUAUCCUUCGGAAAAAUUGCGAUUAAACUAUAAAAGUGAAAAUACAGUUUUAGCUGUUGGCUAAUUAAGGUGUUUUGUAGUUUAAAUAACACAGGGUUCGAUUUUUAAUCUGUAGACACAUUGGCGCAUCAACGUUUCCUUAUCAUAUACGAGUUAUAUGAUAUAACGAAAUAUCAUUGCGAUGUGUGUGACAGUGUCUGAGAUAGGUGUGACAAAACAUAGUGCAUUCGGGAAUGAACUAAUCGAGGGGUUUUGAAAACUACUAAUCGAUUAAUGGUCAAGUAGAGUUGAUUUCACUAGUCGCAAGUCGAAAAAAAAUGUUAGUAGUGUUUUGACAUAUUUUUCUUUGCUGAAAGUGCGUAAUUCAUGUCAGCUGAUACUUGUUGUUUAAAUAGUUAAAAGAUGCCAUCCGCAUCGGAGCGUUGGAAUACUCAAAUGGCUGCGUUCACGCCCAGGCAUGGGAGCGUUCCAAGACUCGACUAAAAA